GUGGUGUGUGCGUACUUCGCAUCCUUGACGCCACAACGUGGAAAGCCGCAAAAGAUGUCUGCUAGGACGUGUUGUGCAGCUGCUUUUGCAGUUUUUACCUUACUAACUUGCUUUUCCUUCGUCUUCACGGCAGACGAAGCAUGCUAUUCAUAUGCCGGAGGGCAAGUGUUUCCUCAAGAAACGCGAAGAACCAGUGGGCAUACCAUUCAGUGGAGUCAAGCUGUUAUUUCAAAACCAUCCCCUGACUGGAAUGGAACAGCUGUCAUCAAUGGCGAGUUUAAAGACAUCAAACUGUCUGAUUAUAGAGGAAAAUAUCUUGUCUUCUUCUUCUAUCCCCUAGACUUCACUUUUGUCUGCCCAACAGAAAUAAUUGCCUUUAGUGAUAACAUCGACCAGUUCCGUAAGAUAAAUACAGAGGUUGUGGCGUGCUCUGUUGACUCGCAGUUUACACAUCUAGCUUGGAUCAACACUCCACGUGACCAAGGAGGUUUGGGCCCCAUUAAAUUUCCUCUCUUGUCUGACAUAACACAUGACAUCUCCAAGGCCUAUGGUGUUUACCUCCAAGAUCUUGGUCACUCACUUCGAGGCCUUUUUAUCAUUGACCCAAAAGGCAUUUUGCGUCAGAUCACCAUGAAUGACUUGCCUGUGGGGCGUUCUGUGGAUGAAACUCUUCGCCUAGUGCAAGCCUUCCAGUACACAGACUCUCAUGGAGAAGUUUGCCCAGCAGGCUGGAAACCUGGCAGUGAUACAAUUAUCCCAGAUCCCAAGGGUGCUCGGAAAUACUUCAACAAGCAGAGGAACCCGGGUCAAGAUGAACUCUAAUUCUGUUUCUGCAAAUCAGUCUCAGUGUAUUCCCAACAGUAGAUUCACACUGUAUGUUAUUUGUGAAAUUGUAAUUUUUAAAAUGUUUGAAGACAUUUAAUAUUACCUAUUAUGAAUUUUUAAGUUUAUUUUAGACGAUUUUAAAAUAAUUUAAAAUUUUAUUUACAAUCAUGCAAGUUUGUUGUUUUAUAUUCUGAAUCAUUUUUUUCUCCUAAUUAAUCUGUUCUCACACAUAAUGUUUAAAAAGGAAUAUCAGCCUGUUAUUCUUUAGACAAUCAUAAAACUACAAAACAUGCAUAUUCUUCACCCUACUUCUCCUUUCGUUUAGAAAAUUUACCCAUUACCCACUUUUCCUUGUUGGAUCCAGUCAGCCAUAGUUGUUAAGUUGAAUCCUAUAGUCAAUUUACUGCUAUCAGUAUGUGCUUAAUUUUCAAUCUUGGAUAAGGGUUUUUUAACAGUUUUUGGUGUUAUUGCCUCUGCAACUUUCUUUUGGUGCUUUGAAGGACCAGUGAUGGUCUCAUUGUUUUAAAACUUUAAACUGCUUGUUGAUUUCUGUGAAUUCUUCUACAUUUUCCCACCCAGAAUACUCCGCUCUUUAUCUGAUGAUCAUACACUCUCUGUCCCUGUUAUUAGGUCCAUCACAUAUAGUCGCUGGAUUUUUAGUGCCUGUGCUGCAAAACAGUGGAACUUUUUUCUUCCAUGGCCAUCAUCUACCCACCAUCAAAACUUUUAAGCAUGCACUAAAAACACAUCUGUUCCACAAGCAUUACUCCUUAUACCAAUCAACAUAUAGUUAUCAACAGUUGUGAUUGAUAAAUCUACCUGCUCCAUCCUUACUGUUUGUUACCUGAUUCCUAUUUGUGUCCUUUUAUUUUUAUCUUUUAUUCUUUGUCUGCAUUGUUGUUUCUCCUUCUGUUAUUCAUUUUCUAUAUCUCCUACUUGUCUUAAGCACUGAGAGCAUUCUCCUUCAUGGGUGUGAUGAUGAGUUAUAUAAACCACAUUUUUUUAUUAUUAUAAAACAAUGAUAAUCUUUUCUAGUUAGACUUGGUAUUGCAAGGUAACUAUCUUUGUAUCCAUCCUGGAUGGACUCCAUUUCUUAGAAAAAAAAUAAAAAUGAACAGUUCUGAUUUGAGGGUUAUAGCAGCAUGAUGUACUAAGCGGUAUGGGAUAGAAAAGUAUCUGAAGUUCACACAAACAGAAUCUAAUAACACAUUUUUACUUAUUAAAGAUGGAAGGGUGGGAUUGUUUAAGUUUUCUUUAGUGGCAUUGUCAUUCCAUGUAAACAUGCCUAUUUUAUGUUGUUAUAAGUUUUCAGUUGUGUAUGUGUUUCCAAGCAAUCUGCUAUUUUGUGACUCCUCACUAACCAUAUUAUUUAACUUUUUGCUACGAUAAGCAAAUAGUCUCAUGACAGUAAACCAUAGUUUUACCCAAUAAACUGUUCUAAAGGAAUGUGAAGCACAUAUGCACACAAACUAUGCUGUUUUUAAUUAUCAUAGUGUGCUAUUUUUGUGCCAUUUACUUUCAUAGACAGGGUUACAUGCAACAACUUUGAUGUUACAAUUAAGCUUUCAAAGAAACCCCAAUUUAUCUUCUGUUAAACAGGUUUUUUUUUUAAUAAGUCAUGAUAUAUUUUAGCAGAACAAUAAGUUUUUUUAACUAAAGGUUGCAUGCAUUGCUAUCUUAUAGUCCUCUAAGAGGUGGGGUUAUUUAGGAGUUUAAAUGCAGAAGCAUAACAAAUCUUUAACUUUGUUGUAGAAAUUUUAUAUCGUUAUAAAGUUGCUUUUUAGUCAAGUAAAAAUUUAUUUUUGUACUAUUUUAGUGAAGUUAAAGAUUCCUGUUUGUGUUAUAUUUGCUGAUGUUUUGAAAUAAAUCAGUACUUAUAUAAGACUUU